GUUUAUAAGCUCUGCUUUCUUUACGUACACUGUAUUCCUAUUCGUCGUUACCAUGAGUGCUGCAGCUUUUACCGAAGCCGAAAUCACGGAAAAAUGGGAGAACUACAAGACGGAAUUCGGGAAGAACUAUUCCGACGAGAAGGAAGAACAGAUGAGGAAGAAAAUUUUCACUGAAACUUUGCUGUCUAUUGAAGAGCACAACAAAAAAUUCGAGCGGGGGGAAGUUACCUUUUCUAUGGGUAUCAAUAAUUUCUCUGAUCAAACCCCUGAAGAGAGAGCCCGCAGUCGUGGAUUUCGUCUACCCUCAAUUGAGAAAAAGUGAGCUUAUCAUGUAAUAAUGGACGCUUUUAAUUACUCUAGCUGUAACUGCAUUUGUCGUGGAUUUCGUCCGCCCCCAACUCAGUAAAACUGAGCUUAUCAUGUAAAAAUGGGCGUUUACAAUUGCGCUAAUUCUAUUUGAGAAAAAUAAAAUGCUUUUUCUUUGCACAA